CUUGGUCUGGUAUGAUUGGUUUGUAGAGAGCUGCUGGAAGUCGGAGCCUGUUUUCUCCCGCGCUUUCCUCUUGCUUUGGCUAUGGCAGACUUUGAUCCGGGCUCUCUGCCCGACCUGCUGCCUCUUUAUUAUCGUCGCAUCUUCCCCUUCGGUCCUUAUGGGCGGUGGUUGCGCUAUGGUGACGUGUCAAAGAAUUACUUCCAGCGGCGAGAGUUCUCAUUCACUCUGCGUGAUGACAUCUAUGUGCGGUACCAGUCUUUCAACACACCCCAGGAACUGGAGAAAGAGAUCCAGAAAAUGUGUCCUUACAAAAUUGAUAUUGGGGCCGUCUAUUCUCACAGGCCCAUUCAGCACAACACUGUACACUUGGGUGCCUUCCAGGCACAGGAGAAAGAACUGGUGUUUGACAUUGACAUGACGGAUUACGAUGAUGUCAGACGAUGCUGCAGCUCUGCAGAGAUCUGCUCCAAGUGCUGGACGCUCAUGACCAUUGCCAUUCACAUAAUAGACCGGGCACUUGUAGAGGACUUUGGAAUCAAGCACCGCCUCUGGGUGUACUCAGGACGCAGAGGUGUGCAUUGCUGGGUGUGUGACGAGUCUGUCAGGAAGUGGUCCUCAACUCUGCGCUCUGCCGCAGUGGAAUAUCUCACCUUAGUGAAGGGUGGUGAAGAAACCAUCAAGAAGGUGACCCUCCCUGAAAACAUUCACAUUCAUCCUUUCAUCAGAAAAUCAGUAGAGGUGGUGACAGAUUACUUUGAAGAGUAUGCCCUGGUUGGUCAGGAUAUUCUUGGAAGCAAAGAGAGCUAUGAAAAGGUGCUGGCUCUGGUCCCAGAGACAGUUCAAGAGGAACUUCAGCAUGAAUUCUGUAAAAAGAAGCAAGAUUCAGUCCAGCGCUGGCAGCUUUUGAAAAAAAAGUUGGAAAGGUACAAUAACUCAAUCAAGAAAAUGGCACACACCGAAUGGGAGAUCAUGUUGCAGUACUGCUUUCCCCGCCUAGAUAUUAAUGUUAGCAAAGGCAUCAACCACUUAUUGAAGAGCCCCUUCAGUGUCCACCCCAAAACAGGUCGUAUUUCAGUUCCAAUUGACUUAAAGAAACUGGAUGAAUUUAAUCCGUUGGCUGUUCCCACUAUAAGCCGCCUCUGUCAAGAACUGGACUCUAUUAGCAAUGAUGAGGGGGAUGGAAAGGAAAGUGAAGGGGAGCCAGAAUGCCCUCGUAGGAGUAGAGGUUAUAAGAAAACCAGUCUGGCUUCAUACGUGAAAGUCUUUGAACAGUUUCUGGAGGAAUUUGAAAAAUCCCACAAAAAGGAACGUCUUGCAGCUAGUGAUAUGCAGAUGGAUUUCUGAAGUCCUUGAACCUGUAGUGUUGUGGAUUUACCAUUCCUAUUCAGAACCAGGCAGUUGUGAGCAAUUACAGUGGGGCAUUUCUGGUGACUUGGUCAUAUUUUUGCUGUAACCAACCCGCUUCAUUUUGAGAAGCAGCCCAAACUAGCUUUUCUUUCCAAAGGAGAGGGGGAUAAAAGCAGGAUUAGCAGGUGUUAGGUUCUGCAGGUGCCACCAAGUGAAUACAGAGCCCAAGUGAAAAACGGAACGGACAUAAAUUACUCACAAGAUUAAAAUUAAAACAUCCAAGAGUAUUCUUUACUUUUGCAUUGGCAAAUGGGAGGAGAGUGCAAUGGAACACAAUCUUCUUUGUUAGACUGCAGAAGGGUUUACAUUACAUGUCAAUUUAACAUAUAGUAAAAUUUUAUGAUCCUUGCUUCUUUUUAUUGCAACACUGUAACAAUAAAGAAACUUUUUCAUAA